GCUAUCCACAUACGUUAGGUACCUAACCUACUUGUAGUAAUGGUUGGGGCCGACGCCCACGUUCGACUUUAUGCCCUUUAUGUACGGCCCUUACCUCGACGCCCUACCUUCACCUUCUAUCCCCCCAUCGCCUUCGCCAUUAUCGUCACGUCUUCUCAAUCCCUCUAUCCCCUUCACUUCCCUUCGCUUCCCGUCUCCUCCUAAUGUACUAGUAAAUAAAUACCUAAUUGCUUCCUGCUCCCCUCCUCUCCUUCGCCCCGUAUUUAUAUGUCUCCCUUUCGCCCCUCUUCCGUAUUUAGUCCUCCACCUCUACAUGACCGCGCCCGCAACUACUAAUCGCGAUGGACGAUCUCUCGAGAGCUGAGUAUCCGGCCAUGCUGGCUAACCUCCAGCCGAACCAAGCUGUCCACGCGCUCAGCGACCGGGUCAAGCGCAUAUCCAAAGUCAACACCGAGAUCGCCGAUUGGUUGCAGGAACGCCGCAAGGUCGAAGAACAGUAUGUCCAGGCUUUGAGGAGGCUGGCCCAGUUCCGCGUCCCCAACACGCAGUCCGAACUCGGGACCUUCCAGGCCCAGUGGGAUAAGAUCCUACAGUCCGCCGACGCCAUUGCCAUGUCGCACCACGUCUUCGCUACCAAGAUCGAGAAAGAUGUCGAGGCGCCGUUGCGAAUCUUCAAUCAGAAGAAGGAAAUGGCCAACAUGCAGACCAUCCAGAGCAACCUCCAGAACAUGGCGAAAGAGCUGGAAGAUGCCCAGGAGAGGUCUGACAAAUUGAGCAGAAAGGGCGGGAAGGCCAGUGCCCAUAAGGUCGAUUUGGCAGCCGGAAAGCUAGAGUCGGCCACUCAACAAUGGGAGUCUCAGGCGCCGUUCAUCUUCGAAACCCUCCAGGCUCUGGAUGAGAGUCGGAUGAACCAGUUGCGUGACUGUCUUACCCAGUAUGGCACCUACGAAGGGGAACGCGCGCAACAGCAGCAAGCCGAGGCCGAGACGGUGUUGAACAGCUUGCUAGACUACAGCACAGCGAGCGAGGUUCAGCACUUCGUGGCCAAGACGACGGCCGGUCGGCCCAAGAUCGAGAAGCGAACACUUACGACGCGACAAUCUUCCAGCUUCAGUACCGGGAAUGCCUCGCUAGCGCUCCCCUCCAGCGCCACGAUGCCAGCACCUGACGAUCGUAGUGACCAUUCCGUAGGGCAGUCCGAAAACAAACUCCGUAGUCGUAUCGGCACCAUGCUCGGCCGGAGACGACAGAGCAUACACGGCGGAUUCGGGCAGCUAACUCCCGCGAAGGGCCCCUUCGGAAGGAACAUCAAGAGUAGCCAUGGCGUGUCGCCCAGAGCUUCGUCAAGCAACCUCGGGGAUUCGACAAACAGAUUGGGAUCAUUGGUGGAAGAUCCGGAUACGGCGACAGACACUCCCUCGCGGGCAUCUGAGACGAAGGAGAAGUCGAGCCAUGACGGUACGAAUGGUCUGGGUCGAGACGGCGAUGCAGCACAGCCGUCGACGGCAGCUACGGCGUCGCAAGUCAACGGAACAUCCAUUCCUCCCGGUAUCGCCGAUGUUCCACCUCCGCCAGGCCCCCCGCCAUCUCACAGGGAACCGGAAAAGGAUGCAGAUGGUUUCAACGUGCCGGCUCCGGCCAACGAUCCCAUCACGCAGGCAGAGAGGGAGGCUGCCGCUCACGAAGCGGAACAGCUAUUCAAGCUCAACAUCCAGAAAGAACCCGUAGCCGAAGAAGAUCCAGAGGAGAAGAAGGCGGCCCUAUCCAACGUUGCCAAUAGCCUCUCCGCGAUGGGGAUGUCGGCGCGGAGGGCGGGCACGGUCAGAGGCCGGAGAGAUGUGCGGAAUACCAUUUACGUACCGGCACCCGUUUCCGAAAGCUCCGCGGCCGACAACGCGCAUCCCCUCCCGCCAUCAUCGCAUGGUCUUACGUCUAGGUCUACCGGACUUAGUACUCUCGCCUCCGAAUCUAGCUUCGCAGGUACCUCGGACACGCAGUCGAUCCGGUCUGGCAACUCGCUAAGCAGCAUUGUCCACGCCAAGCACCCCGAAAUGCACGAGCCAGGUCUCAACUCUUCCGUCAUGGAGACCAUCUCGGCAACCUUUGAGCAUGGCCAGGUCCAAUCGGUAAAGGUGAACGGCGAGGUUGCCUUCUCCUACAACGCCACAAUUACCCCUGCUUCGUCCUCACACCUACCUAUUCGUAUCAACAACUUCCCGUCGCUCGAAGUCAUCGGUCCUAAUCGUAUUUUCGUUACCAAUGAUACGCCCGAGCACCCAGAUCAGUUUUCCUUGGAUCUUUCACACAUUCACAAGACAACGAUUGGUUUCUCAUACAGGUUACACAUAGAUCCGGCCGUGCCACCUGCGGAGCAUGUGCCGAUUCUCGUCUCCCCUGCAUGGAAGCCUCAAGGUGACAAGUUAGGCCUGUUGCUGCAGUACAAGCCUAACCCUGCGUUCAAAUUCUUCAACGCGGGUGUGCAGCUUCAUAACCUAGUCCUCUUCGCCACCUACGAGGGCAAGGCGUCGGGCGCGCAAACCAAGCCUUCCGGAACGCAUUUGAAGGACAAGCAUCUUGUAUACUGGCGCAUUGGUGACAUACACCUCACCCCGGACGCGGACUGGCAGAAGAUCGUGUGCCGGAUAAUCGGUGACCAGGGUGUCGAACCAAAGCCGGGCACCAUCGAAGCCCGAUGGGAAUUCAGCCCGCCCCCAGGAGCCGAGGGCGCGAACGCUAUCUCGGUGUCGAGAUUCGAGGAGACUAAGGGCAAGGAAGUCGAGCUCAGCGAAGACGACCCGUUCGCGGACGAGACCGCCACGGCCGACGAAGGCCGAUGGGUAGACGUGCCCGUGAUACGGAAGCAAAUAAGCGGGAAGUACGAGGCGAAAUAAGGGCGCAGGAGGAGUGCGCGCCGCCCAGGAGAGCAGUCAGGCUAGACCAUACUAGCUCAGGGGGUGAACCGUACAGAGAUACCGCAGGAAGAAGGAAGAACCGGAGAAGGGGGAGUUCUUUUGUAUGUGUUGGAAACAGGACGAAUGGUCAGCCAGAGAGGUCUACCCGAUAGGGCGAGACUUUUGAUUAUGCACGACGCAGAAUAUUUUCUUCCCGGUUUUUUUUUCGCCAUUCCGUUUGUAAGAUCAGAUUAGCGAGCUGUUCUUUCGAGGAAAGGAAAAAUUCGAGGGCGGGGAGGAUUUUAUUGUCUUUGUUUUGUAUAACUUCCUUUCUACAUACCUCAUUUCCUGUAGCUAACGGAUUUUGCAACCGUCCGUCGUCCUCGUCCUCAUCACCGUCGUUCGACGUCUCUCCUAUGUCCCCCACCCCUUCUGUAUGUAGGUAUGCAUGCAUGGCCGCUCCCCAACACUUACUCUAGCGACAACAUUUUACCCUGCACGGCGGCUACGUACUACUGGCGCUGCCGGUAUGUAGUACUGUUGGAUUCUGUUAUACCAAUUUACUACCCAUGACUACGCCUCGCCUCGCCUCGUAUGCAAUGGUAUCUCUAUCGCGGUAGGCCGGCUACCUGGUGUGUUGUGUUUAGUACGCAGAGUGAUGUUACGUCGUAGCGCCGG